GAGUGAGGGAGGUGGGGUGUUGACUUCCAGGGCUCAGCUGCUUUCAGUCCAUCAGAAUGGAGAGAGGAGGGGGGAGGAGAGAGGAAACACGGCAUUGAAGUCUGCAGCAUUGAGCACUGUUCCUAUGUGCCACCACAAUCCAAUCUGAGAGACAGGAAUCCCCCUGUAUAUCAGGACUGCCUGCAAGAUCUGGAAUCUCCCACGAAACUGCUUACCUUUCAGCUUUACCUGCAUUACCCUAAGGAUUCUGGGAAAGCCUGGCGAAUACUAGGAAUCCAUCAUACUGCCCGUCUUGCCUUCCCGGUCAGGGUUCCCCGUACUAUCCUGGCCAAAUCGGGUAUUCUACAAGAGUUCUCACAGCUGGGCACAAAGUCCUCCGGUCUGGGAUCAAAAAGUGUUCUUCGAUUGCCAGACUGCCUACAUCCUAUCGCGUAAUCUUGGAGGCAGCGAACGUUUAUUUACAUCGAGGACUGUGUAUAGUAAGGAUUCCCCUGGCGUUCUUUAAACAAGGACUAAACUCCGGGUCUGUUUCACAAGGAAAUCCCUAAGUGUGUAAAUAUAGGAACGCUGGAUUGGAGGAUUUAGGGCUUAUUUUACACUCCGGUUAUCCCUAAACCACCAGGGAAUAUCCGCACUCAAGGUCUCAGCAUCCUACAGGAGAUUUAGAUGGACGCUCUUAAAUCUAAACAGAUUUUCCAUGUUUAAGACUUUCUAUUUUUAAAAGACGUUAGCUGGUGAUGCCAGGCAACCUGUUUAAUCCCGAACCACUCUCCCUAAUUGACCUACCCCCCCUUUCCGAAGAUAUGAAGUAGAUUCCCCGCUCUUAAGGAUUUUGGAGAUUUCCAUCCCAUCAAAUAGGCUAAAAAUUUGCAAGUACCUCUCAUUACCGGUGGGCACGUUGGCACCUCGCAGUCACAGCAUGGUAAAAGGAAUUUGCAGGGUUCAAAAAUUCCGAAGGAUUCAGGCGAUGGUUGUCUACAAGCUGUGCCAAACCCAUCUGGAGGGCUUUUGAUUUUAAACUUUACACUCCCUCCCCCCUCUCCAACAAUUUGAUGGAAUCCAUGCCGGAGAGUUAAAGGAAUCUCCUAUCAGAUACUGCUGUUGGAUCCAUCUGCAGAAGCUCAACACUCUUCCCUCUGGAUUGAAAAAUCCCAUAUGGUUUUGCGCUGGGAUUUCUAAAUCCAUUUAAUCCUUAGUGAAUAUACAUUUUUAUAUAUUUUUCAUUUUUUUUCUUUUUGGAUUUUCGGACAAAAACCCUUUUUAAAGGAAAAGGAUAAUUUUCUACGCUUAUAUAUGGUUUGCUCGUGGCAGUAUUUAAGAUGUAUGAAAACGUGGAUGUUCCAGGCAUGGGUACCAGCCCUACACACUAUCAUAUGAUGGAUUUUUAUGCACAGAACAGGGCCUGUCUAAUGUCGGAUAAAGGAAUUGGGACGAUUCAUCCUUUCGGGACGCCACUCCGGAACCAGCACUGGAGCCAUUCCAACCAUUCAAUCGAGACUCAGAGCACCAGUUCAGAAGAGAUUGUCCCCAGCCCUCCCUCACCGCCUCCCCUCCCCAGGAUCUAUAAACCGUGUUUUGUGUGUCAAGACAAGAGCUCCGGUUACCACUAUGGGGUCAGUGCCUGCGAAGGCUGUAAGGGUUUUUUCCGGCGCAGCAUACAGAAAAACAUGGUGUACACAUGUCACCGGGACAAGAACUGCAUUAUAAACAAGGUGACGAGGAACCGAUGCCAGUACUGCCGGUUACAGAAAUGCUUCGAGGUUGGCAUGUCCAAAGAAUCACAUUCACCCAAAAGGAUUUUGGCUCCCUCAGCUGUACGGAAUGACCGCAAUAAGAAAAAGAAGGAGCCCCCAAAGCCUGAAAUCACAGAGAGUUACGUGCUGAGCCCAGAGACUGAAAGUCUGAUUGAGAGAGUGCGGAAAGCUCACCAGGAAACCUUCCCUUCACUUUGCCAGUUAGGGAAAUACACUACAAACUUUAGUUCGGAGCAGCGAGUCUCGCUGGACAUCGACCUCUGGGACAAGUUUAGUGAACUCUCCACCAAAUGUAUCAUAAAAACGGUGGAAUUUGCCAAACAGUUGCCGGGAUUCACCACUCUCACCAUCGCUGAUCAAAUCACCCUCCUUAAAGCCGCCUGUCUGGACAUCCUGAUCCUACGAAUUUGCAUACGUUAUACCCCCGACCAAGACACCAUGACUUUCUCAGAUGGUCUCACACUUAAUAGGACGCAGAUGCACAAUGCUGGGUUUGGGCCCCUCACGGACCUGGUCUUUGCCUUCGCCAAUCAGCUACUACCGCUAGAAAUGGACGACGCAGAGACUGGUCUCCUGAGCGCCAUUUGCCUCAUCUCCGGAGAUCGGCAAGACCUGGAGCAGCCGGACAAGGUGGACAAAUUACAGGAGCCUCUACUGGAAGCGCUUAAGAUCUAUGUCCGGAGGAGACGACCCAAAAAACCACACAUGUUCCCCAAAAUGCUGAUGAAGAUCACAGACUUGCGAAGCAUCAGUGCCAAGGGUGCUGAACGUGUGAUCACCUUGAAGAUGGAGAUCCCAGGAUCCAUGCCUCCUCUCAUCCAGGAGAUGCUAGAGAAUUCUGAGGGCCUGGACAACUUGGCAGCUGGAUCUCCUAAACUGAUGCCUCCUACCCCUGUCCCCCCAGGAAGCUGCAGUCCAAGUUUGUCCCCCAGUUCCACCCACAGCAGUCCCUCGACACACUCGCCCUGACCUUCCAGCAGGCUGUGGGAAUAAGGCGAUGGAGACUCACCAGCGCACUCACUUCAUCCCUCCCUCACUUCCCACCUAGAUCCUCUGGCCUCUUAAUGGAUGAUGCUGUACUCCCUUGGCUUUACCUUUUAUUCUGCACUCAACCUCAACAGCGAAGCAUCACUGUGCUGUAACUCGGUUUGGACUCGUCUCUGCAAGAGUUGGGAUAAGCCGGAGCGGAGAUAACUGCAUAUCACAUGGACAAAUAUCCGCCUCUCCCCUUACAAUUCAACCUGUGCCUCUGGACUUCUCACACCCACUGGACUGAGAACAGACUCAAGGCAAAGCCUAAGACUGAGCAAACUCUCGCACUGUGCCGUGUGAUUGUGGAGGGAGGGUGGAGGCGCCAAAGGACUGCGCUCCAACCAGAGAGCUGUGACCAUUGUCAAUCAAACCACUUCACAUGGGAGGGGGGGGGGGGUUGUACUGGGUCACGUACUCCAUGCACUGCCAUUGCUUGCACCCCAAAAAGCACUCUGUUCUUAAUCCAGCUGUUUAAGCAGUGUUUUUUUUUUUUUUUUUAUCAAAUACCUAGGAAUAGGAACUUGGGGUAAUGUAACUGGAAGGGAAAUGACAAAAUGUAGGUUCUGACAUAAAUCCAUGCAAAUGAAUAUAUAUUUUUGUAGGGGUUUCUCCCAGUUUUAACCAACCUUUUUAAAAUAUUUUAAAGUAUUAUUGUGUAAAUUUAGGAAAUGUUGCCGCUUGCUUAGACUGGUAGCUGGAAGGGAGGCAUACAGCAUUUGUAAAACAAUGCAUUUUUAAACAGUUCUUUUUAAUAAGCCAGGAAACUAGAACCGGUUAUGUAAAGAUUACGCUUUCCCAAAGUAAUUUUAGUUUUUGAGUCAAUGGAAAAAAAGCGGUUUUAUACUUGCCACAAUCCAAAAACUUAAACUACUAGUAAAACCUGUUUUAAACUGGCCAUACGCUGUAAUAAGUCUGUAGAUUCCCCCAUCCAUGCUAAACUACGUGGAUGGGUGAAUCUUCCCUGCUGAUUGUUGUAUUCUGACAACCGGCACCCACAGCUGUCAAAAUAUCGAACCAGUGGCUGUAUAUAAUUGGCUGCAGCCUCUGUUUGACUGAUAAUAUUCUGCCCAGGGCCUUUAUUUUUUUUUUUUAA